AUGUCCUCACUCUCUGGGUCCAAACGGCCUGCCACGGAUUCACAACCAAACACUGCAGAACUCCCACGCAAAGGUUCUCGUGACAUUAGUCCACUUUCAUGUGACAGUUCUGAAACGUACCCCGGACAGUCAGACAAACGAGCAAAAUUGACUAAUCGUCCGACGCAAAGCAGUAGUAAAGCUCCGUCUAAAGACGAGAACUCCUCGUCCAAAUCAGUCAAAAAGUCAGACUCCUCGUUUCUACCCGCGACCAAACCGUCCAAAUCAAGCAAACGGGAUCGGGACGGAACUAAUGCUGCACCGAUGUCGUCGUUAUCUCAGCUCACCGGAGCGACGAGCGUUCAGUCACCGAAAUUCAGGUCGGCUGUUGCUACUGAAGUUAGCAAGACUAAAACAGAGAAAAUCUCUUCUAAAAGCAAAGUUGACGUUAGCAAAAGAUCAAAACCUGCCGGUAGUAGUGCGGAAAAACGCCCGACAAAGUCUAAAAUCCGUACAGUGGAGCCUACAAGCUCGCCACCGAAACGUAUCAGGCCGCCGGUUGUAUUUAGUGAACAGAACGUGGAAUUGUCUUCCUUGUCCUCUUCCUCAUCGCGCGUUUCCUCCCCAUCUCCAAUUGCUUCUUCUUGCUCUUCUUCCCCCACACCACCCAUGUCCUCCAUUCCUCCUACUGCGGUUACCAAAGUCACUGUCACAAGCACAGCGUCCACGUUUCCCGAAACAAAUCGGCCCAGUUCGGUUACAGUCAAGACAACACCGGUCACCACAACGGCUACUGUGAUGUCAGACAGCUCCAAUACCAAAAAGGAGGUGCCUAUAUCAAAAUCCUCGAAAGUGGAAAACAAAACUGCAGCAAAAUCAGACAAAAUCGAAAAGAAAAAAUCCGCCAAAACAGAAGUCGUCACAUCCACAGGUUCUUCGUCAAAUCCUAAAGUUUUGACAAAACGGGUCCCUUCAGAAUCCAUUCCCAACAGGCAAUUGACAGAGUCCGCUGGACAGAAAAAAUCUUCAGCCAAAACUAACCAAGAACGCAUCCCGCGAAUCACGAAUACCAAUACAGGUACUACCAGUACAUCAGUGGUAACCACUGUGCCGCUCACCACCACAGCGAAAAUUAGCAACAGCCAAAGUAGCGGUGGUAGUGCUGAUAGUGGUGCCGUUGGUGGUGAUGCUGGCAAUGCCAAAAUUGUCAGUUCAACCGUACCAACCAACUCGGGGACCGCUGAACCCGGCAAAUUAUCCAAUCAAGAGCUGGAGUUGUUGUUUGAUCGUUUGCUUUGUCUACAGCAACCACAUCUUGCCAUUCGUAUGGGUGAAAUUUUACUUGCCUAUCAAAAACACUCCACCCAAUCCACUGUGGAUCCCAAGGCGCCACCUGAUGGUAGCGAACCCGAACAAAAAACACCAAGUGCACGUUGUGCUGUGAAGGUACUGCAUGAACAGCCUCGGUUGAUUGCAUUCAACCUGCGCCGGCUACCACUCGAGUGUCUGAAACAACUGGCCGAGUUGAUAGCCGAAGACGAAGCGAUUUCAUUGAAAAGUAACCCACAGUCGAAAGAAAUGGCGGAAGAAAGAUCUUCCGCCUCUAGUCGCGACACCAUUCCAGUUUCUAGUGAUCGUGUAUCUCGAGCCAAAUCCGACGGAGGCAAUAAAACCUUGAAUUCCGGAGAUGGCUCUAGAAAUUCACGGUGA